GCUACAAAGAACAGGCCAAUUGAGAAGUUGCACUUUAGACUCUCUUGGCCACGUUCAGUUAGUGCGAGAUUACCGCCACUGCCGUUAAUUAAAGUUAGUUAAGCAACUCAUUCGUUGGAAAUUAAUUUUAUAUUAAACGAAAAUGGCACGAGUACUCGUGGGUGUAAAAAGAGUAAUCGAUUAUGCUGUAAAGAUUCGUGUGAAACCGGAUAAAACCGGGGUCGUCGUCGAUGGUAUUAAACAUUCAAUGAACCCUUUCGAUGAGAUCGCUAUAGAAGAAGCAGUUAGACUAAAAGAAAAAAAGAUAGCCCAGGAAGUGAUAGCGGUCAGCUGUGGGCCAACACAGUCACAAGAUACAAUUAGGACUGCCCUUGCUAUGGGUGCAGAUCGUGGAAUUCAUGUCGAAGUAUCUGGCAUUGAUUAUCAGACCCUGCAACCUAUUCAUGUCUCUAAACUUCUAGCAAAGUUAGCCCAAGAAGAAAAAGUAGAUUUGGUGAUACUUGGUAAACAAGCUAUAGAUGAUGAUAACAAUCAGACUGCUCAAAUGACUGCAGGUGUUUUAGAUUGGCCAUCUGGAACAUUCUGCAGCAAGAUCGAGCAUAAUAAUGGUGAAUUGACUAUCACACGUGAAAUUGAUGGAGGAUUAGAGGUCAUCAAAAUGAAAACUCCUGCAGUCUUAAGUGCUGAUCUCCGCCUGAAUGAACCACGUUAUGCAACUUUACCAAAUAUCAUGAAAGCUAAGAAAAAACCUAUCAAAAAACUUACCCCGAAAGACCUUGGGGUAGACAUAACACCGAGAAUUGAUAUACUGUCAGUAGUAGACCCACCAGUUAGACAAGCUGGUGCCAUAUUACCAGAUGUCGAUACUCUGAUAGCUAAAUUAAAAGAAGGUGGCCACGUUUAGCAGUGAACAUGUGCAAUGAUUCUUAAUUGUUGUUAUAUUUUGCAAGUUUGUAUAUAGCAUAUUUUUGUACAUGAUCAGAGAUUGUAUGCAAUACAUAUAUUUUAAUAAAUUUGUAUCUCAUAUAUAUAUAUAUAUAAAGGAA